ACAGCCCGCAGCAACACCGCACCCUCACUGCGCAGCACAGCCCGCAGAACACACCAGAAGCCACACCAGAGCCCGCUGCUGCCGAGCUGAGAUGGAGACCGUGCACGAGCUGAUCCCCUUCGCCAAGGAGAUGCUGAGCCAGAAGCCCAACAGGAAGAUGGUCAAGCUGUACAUGGUGGGCAGCGUGCUGGCCUUCUUCGGGGUGGUCAUCGGCCUGGUGGAGACCGUGUGCAGCCCCUUCAGCUCCCAGCCCAGCCCGGAGGACGAGGAGGACAAGAACAAGCCCGGGGCGGCCCGGGAGCAGCAGAAAAGGGAGGAUUUGGUGCUGGCCAAGGGCAAGGCACAGCCGGCGCUGCAGAGGGCCCUGGUGACCCGGCAGCACGCGUCCUAGGCGGAUCCGCACAGAGACUCCACCAGGGGGGUUCCAGCACGCAGGGAAGGCUCGGCCCGAGGAGGCUGCACGUCUGACACCCGCCACGAGAGAAGGGCUUUAUUUGCUGCUGUGCAGCAGUGGGGAAAAAUACCUUUUGUUGGUAUAAACCUGUGCGCCAUGCACAGCGUGGUUUCUUAUUUUUCAUACGGACGCGUUUUACACCA